CCAAAAGCAGGGAAAAGUGGGAAAAGUCUGAAGGAAGGACAAGACUCAGAUCAAGAGAUUGCCAGCAGAAAAAACAGCCUUGCUGCUGCUCCAUCCGCAACAAGUAAUAAAAUAAAAGUACCAACCCCUCAGCCGAUGGUGAAGAAAGACAAGCGGCCGAAUUCCACAAGGUUUAGCGCCAGCAAUAAUAGAGAACUGCAGAGACUACCGCCUUUAAAAGAUGUUCCUCCUGCCGAUCAAGAGAAGCUUUUCAUCCAGAAGUUGCGUCAGUGUUGCGUCCUCUUUGACUUUGUGUCCGACCCGCUCAGUGACCUGAAGUGGAAGGAAGUGAAGCGAGCUGCUUUGAGUGAGAUGGUAGAAUACAUCACGCACAAUCGGAAUGUGAUCACAGAACCCAUUUACCCGGAAGUAGUCCACAUGUUCGCAGUUAACAUGUUUCGAACGUUACCACCAUCCUCCAAUCCCACGGGAGCAGAGUUUGACCCAGAGGAAGACGAGCCCACGCUAGAAGCAGCCUGGCCUCAUCUACAGCUUGUUUAUGAAUUUUUCUUAAGAUUUUUAGAGUCUCCAGAUUUCCAACCUAACACAGCGAAGAAAUAUAUAGAUCAGAAGUUUGUACUGCAGCUUUUAGAGCUCUUUGACAGUGAAGACCCCCGGGAGAGAGAUUUCCUCAAAACCACCCUCCACAGAAUCUAUGGAAAAUUCUUAGGCUUAAGAGCGUACAUCAGAAAACAGAUAAAUAAUAUAUUUUAUAGGUUUAUUUAUGAAACAGAGCAUCACAAUGGCAUAGCAGAAUUACUGGAAAUAUUGGGGAGUAUCAUCAACGGGUUUGCCUUACCGCUGAAGGAAGAGCACAAGAUCUUCCUGCUGAAGGUGUUGCUGCCCCUGCACAAAGUGAAGUCUCUGAGUGUCUACCACCCACAGCUGGCGUACUGUGUCGUGCAGUUUUUGGAAAAGGACAGCACUCUCACUGAACCAGUGGUGAUGGCUCUUCUCAAGUACUGGCCAAAGACUCACAGCCCCAAGGAGGUCAUGUUCCUCAACGAGCUGGAGGAGAUCCUGGACGUGAUCGAACCCUCGGAGUUCGUGAAGGUCAUGGAGCCGCUCUUCCGGCAGCUGGCCAAGUGUGUGUCCAGCCCGCACUUCCAGGUGGCGGAGCGGGCCCUGUAUUACUGGAACAACGAGUACAUCAUGAGCCUGAUCAGCGACAACGCCGCCAAGAUCCUGCCCAUCAUGUUCCCGUCCUUGUACCGCAACUCGAAAACCCACUGGAACAAGACGAUACACGGCCUGAUCUACAAUGCACUGAAGCUCUUCAUGGAGAUGAACCAAAAACUGUUUGACGACUGCACGCAGCAGUUCAAGGCCGAGAAGCUCAAAGAGAAGCUGAAAAUGAAGGAGCGAGAAGAAGCAUGGGUUAAAAUAGAAAACCUGGCCAGAGCGAACCCCCAGUACGCAGUGUAUAAACAAGCCAGCACCCUGAGCUUCGCGGUUGCGAUGGAGACAGAUGGGCCUCUGUUUGAAGACGUACAGAUGCUGAAAAAGACAGUGAGCGAGGACACUCGCCAGGCCCAGAAAGACCCGAAGAAGGACCGUGCGCUGGUGCGCCGCAAGUCGGACCUGCCCCAGGACCCCUACACCAAGAAAGCCUUGGACGCCCACUGCAGAGCCGCCGAUGCGCUGCUGUCCCAGGACGGGCACUAGCUGCCCACGCCCGCGGCUGGGGCGGGGGCAGGCCGGGCUUCUGUGGGCUCUGUAGAAACGACAUCCUCCUUGUGCCAUACCGGUCAGUCACACUCGAAGUCCGUGCUUCCUUGCCCGCCCCGUAGGCAAUAAGGCCCCCCGCAUCCGCUGAGAGCAGUUCAAACAAUGGUGGGUUCUGGGCACCCGGGCCCAGCAGUGUGGUGGGCAGAGUGGCCAGCCCAGAGCCCCGACAUGUAGGCCGAGCUACUCAGGCAUCUUGGUCAGCACCCCGAUGGAAUCGGUCCCCCUCCUCAGAGCUGGCCUGAGGACGGUGGUGCCCAUGGUUUUCCAACCAGGAGAACCCCUUCCCAGGGGUUAUCUGGCUCCUUAAGACUUGGACAACCUCGCAGCCCUGCUGUGACCCAGCCAGCAGUCACUGUGCGGCUUGGGGUUUUCUUUGGAUGCUCUGUUGCUUUUUUGUUUCUUCUGUUUCAGCGCCCUCACAGAAAUGGUUCUCCACAUUUGGGUUCUAGCCCACCCUCUGGGAGAUGUGAGCCCACAGUGCCCAGGGCUCCCCUUCCCUUGGGGCGGGGUUCCAGCUUCCUCCAUAAACCCGAAGCCAUACUUCGCAGUCUGUGGCCCAGCACCAGGCUCCCAGGGGAACCUGGCAGGGGACACGCCUCCCCAAGGCAGCUUUUUCUCCCCCUGCCUUGGACCGGAAUUGGAAUUUUACAGUUGUUUGUUCAUAUGUUUCAUUUGUAGAAACGCCCCACCCCACUCCUUUACUCAGACAUCGUUGCCCUUGAACAAGGCUCUUGAGUUCAUCCAAGUAGUCUUGGAGGACUGGAUUUUCUGGGAGUCUGGGGAGGGGCGGGCGGGGGGGCUUUUGAGUCCACCGUAUCUGGACCUGACCUGGACACGUGGCAGGCCGGGCAGGGUUGCCGGCUGACUGAGCAGGGUCCUUGGGAUGCCUCGGAAGCGUUCUCUGGAAAGAGUGCCCACGUCCCACCCAUCUUAAGUCGAAGUCCUCCGUCUCCACAUGCUGCUGCAUGGCUCACAGGCUCCACCACCCCCCCACCCCCCAGUGCUGAGCUUUUGGGUUUUGGAAGGGACGGCGGGAGGCAGCCCAAUGCCACCCACCUGGCGCCGUGUGUAUCCUGCCUGGCUUCUCUCAGGGUGGCCCGAGACGUCCUGAUCCCACGCAGGCAGGCACUGCUGUCUAAACACGGGUCUCCUGUCUCGUCUCUGGCUGCAGACUGUGUAACCAGCUGGGUGGUCGGUGUCCAAAUACGUAUGCCGCCCCCCACCCCCAGGGUAUCCCCUCCUGAGGACCCAUCCUCCGGAGGCGCAGGGUGGGGCCCCUGGGCCCAUUGUCCUUGUGUGCUGGAGGAAGAUGAUUGGGGGGAGGGGUGGACAGUGUCUUAGAAGAUUGUCCCAGCCUAAAGUGUGUGUGUGUGUGUGUGUGUGUGUGUGUGUGUGUGUCUGGGGUGGGGGGUGGGGGGGAGCAGUCUGCUUGGUGAAAAGACACAUUUCCUGAGAAACUUGACAAGUACCUAUCCAUCUUACCAUUAUGAAAACUAUAUUAAAAAAAAAGUUUAGAUGUCUUCUGCUUUUGAGGGAAAAAGGGUGCUUUAUCUAAAGCAGCAUCGUCUUGCGUAUUUUGAGAAACCAUUGUUUGAACUUCUGUCUGUAGCUGAUAAGAUUCUCAGAUACCCUGGAUUUUGGAUGUCCAGUAUGCUUGUGAGAGGGGUCUCUGGCGGGAGUAAACUAAUCCUUUUUGCCCUGGUGCAGGGUGGGAGGGGGUGUGGAAAGCAAGCCGCCCUAGUUUGGUUGGCCAUGUAAAGCUCACCUUACAAGAGCAUCUCUUUGUGGGGCUCUUAUUUCUGCUCUUUAUCAAAGAUAAACAUUCACCAAAAUCCAGAAAUCCGUCCAAGCUCUGAAAGACGCAUCUCCUCCAGCCGGAGUAUUCCUGCACUGCUUGGGUCUCGGUUCCCCGUGCUGGUCACCACCCUCUCCUCUCCUCCACCAGACCAACCUCAGACCCUCUGCUCCAAAAGUGGGCCCGGCAGUGUGGAGACUGUUUGUCCGGGUAAAAGUCCUGCACAGGGCAUCCUCACCUCUUCCCAAGUGUACCUGUACAUCCAGAUGUCCCUCUCCCCAGCGUCCGUCCUCCUAGUGUGGCUUCUGUGUGGCUCUUCCUUUUAAUAUUGUAUAUACAUUGUAUCUUUGUUUUACGGUAAUAAGUAAUAAAAAUGUAGACUUCAUAUUUUGUACAAAAUGUCCUAUGUACAGAAUUUUAAAAAAAGGAAAAAGUUGAUAGACGGCAAAAGUAGGUAAGUGGCACAGUUAUUUUUCUUUAGAAGAAACCUGUAACUUUGACGCCUGUGUGAGAUGUUAGCACCGACAUAUUUUUUAACAUUUUGUAACUCUGGGAUUUUCGUUUUGACAUUGUUUAUGGAGAGGAACGACUUCAUAUACUUGCCAUGGAAUAUGCGCUUUUCUCUAAUUUUAAAAAUUCUAAAAAACGGUGUAUUAUAUGGACUAAAUAAAGAACAUGUGAAUUUUA